AUGGCCACAGUGAUUCAAAGCCAAUUGGGAAGAGCUCAGACACUGGUCGUGGGGAAAACAGAAUUCCCAGACACCACUAAGACAAACUGGGCAUUUACAGUUUUUCAUAACAUCCUUCUUUUUUCAGUGCUCUGGGGGUCCUGGUAUGACCAUGUAAAAGGAUGGUGGAAGGCAAAAGAUAAGCACCGUAUUCUCUACCUCUUCUACGAAGAUAUGAAGGAGAAUCCAAAGCGUGAAAUUCAAAAGAUACUGAAGUUUCUGGAGAAGGAUAUGGAAGAGGAGACAUUAAACCAGAUAAUCCACCACACCACGUUUGAUAUAAUGAAGGACAAUCCCAUGGCAAACUACACCAAAGAUUUUGUGGGAAUAAUGGAUCACUCUAUUUCCCCAUUCAUGAGAAAAGGGGUCGUUGGGGACUGGAAGAAUUAUUUCACUGUGGCACAGAAUGAGAAAUUCAAUGAAGACUAUACGAAGAAAAUGGCUAAUACCUCUCUUGUUUUUCGCAUGGAACUCUGAGCAUUAGGAACGGGAAAUAUUUCCUGUAAUCUAUCA